AUUUGAAUCCGGCGCUAUGUCGGUCGGUCAGUCCGGGGCGGAGUUAUCUUUUGGUGUUAUUAAAGAUAUUCUAGAAGACCCAUCAGGCUUUUCUCUAGCCAAACUGAAGGCAACUGCGGAGGCUAUUGAAUUAAAGGAUAAAAAAAGUUUGAUUGAUGUUGCUUUACGGGGACGCAUGCUGCGUCUACUUGCAUCAGACUCCAUGGACGAUGUGAAAACGCUUUUGAAAAUGGGUGUUGCGGCGGCCUUAGCGAAUUUGUGCUCUGCACCGACUCCAUUUUUGUUAUUCGCGGAUGUUUUCAACACUAAACCAAUAUCACUUUGUGAAGAAAUGUUUGGAUUUAUGGAGGAAACAAUCAUCACUUUGAAGGAUGUACCCUUAUUUGCUUCAGGAAGGAACACAUUAUUAAGAAUGUGUAAUGACCUCCUUAGACGCCUGUCAAAGUCACAGAAUACUGUUUUUUGCGGCCAAAUUCAACUCUUCCUGACCCGUUUAUUUCCAUUAGAUGAAAAGUCUGGACUAAAUUUUAUGAGCAAUUUUAACUCAGAAAAGGAUGUACUGUACAACAAAAACCCCGACCCGAGUGUUUUCAAGCAUCAGGUGUCUCACGAUCAUACAUCUGAUGAUUUGGAAGAGGGGGAGAUGACCGAUUCAUCUACUCCCUUAGAAGUGGAUGCCGGUCUUUAUGUCAAAUUUUGGUCCCUUCAAGAGUUCUUUAAGUCACCGGCUUUGUGUUAUGAGAAAGCUAAAUGGAUGCGUUUCACAAGUAGCACAGACACAGUGUUAGAUGUGUUUUCGAGUAUUAAACUAAUGGCAAUAGAAGAAGGCGAUAUUUGCUCUCAGAGUAGCAGCGGAACGUUUUCCAAGUACCUUACAAGCGAGAAACUGCUGGAUCUGCAACUUAUGGAUCCUAGUUUCCGGCGGUAUAUACUUGUUCAGCUACUAAUCCUGUUUCAAUAUUUAACAACUACAGUUAAAUUUAAAACAAUCGACCAAGUACUUAGUGAGGAUCAGCGCGCUUGGGUUAAUCAAAGACAUGAAGUAGUGUUACGACUGUUAUCCUCUAAUAGUCCAAACAAUUCUUCGGGUGGUACGUUUGUUUCUACAGUAGAACGCAUUCUGGAACGUGAAAGUUAUUGGAAUAGAUGGAAGAACGAUGGAUGUCCUUCAUUCAUACGAAAUCCUGAAAAAUCUAGGUUAUCUGUUAGGAAAAGACAUAUAAAUCCUUUAGUUACUCGUACUGGUCAGAAAGUUUAUCGUUUUGGUAAUCGAGAGCUAGAUAAACUAUGGAAUGUAUGUCCGGAUAAUUUAGCUGCUUGUCGGGACAAACGGCGAGUUUUUAAUCCAGAUCUUCAUUCCUAUUUUCAAGAUGCUAUCAUCGAAAUGGACCCAGCGGAAAAAGUUGAAGAGGAAUACAAAUCGAUUAAUAAAGAUGAAUGGAGCUGGCGCGCUCUUCGCUUUCUUUCAAGAAAAUGUCCACAUUUUUACAUCAACUGGAACCCACCUGGACGACCUGUAAAGGACUAUUUAUCAGUUAUUCUCACUGAGAAAAUUCAAUCUGAGGUUAGUUACCUUCAGACUACGUUCUAAGGACAAAAUUCAAUUUUUGAAACUAAUUGAUGACUAUAAAUUCAUGACUGAUAUAUCCCCCCAGAGGUUAGUAGUUACAGUUACUUCCGUGAUGAAGUUUAUUCUUUUCAUCUAAUUUUCACGGUCCUGUUCAAUGUGGAUUGUUGUCUGUUUUUAAAGGACAAUAAAUUCUAAAGGACUAAAAUGUGGGUUAGUUCAUUAUAUCCAUGGAAGAAUAUUGGACAUCUGUAAGUGAACUGGCUUAUCUAACGUGUUUGUAUUCAUGUUUUCUCACAUUCAUCAUGUUCGUACUAAGUUUGUCUAUAAAAUUGAUUUCAAGCGAUAUAACUUUCUAAAUCUAUAAACUAAACUUCUGAUUUUGGUGUUUUACAAUUUUAAAGUAAACUAUCCAAACAUUUUGAUCGUCUCGUACUUCAAGAAUACAUUUGUGGGUUGAAAGUGAAACUAUCCUAAAGCAAUAUUUUUUUAUUGGUCCUUGCGGUUUCUGUGAUAUUCUUGUAACCCAAAGUCAUACACUGUUCCAACUCAGUUGAAAUUAUGCUCAGUGUUGAAUUGCAUCUCCUGAAACACCAGUUUUACAUAAGCGUUUUCUAGAAAGGUUAGAGCUCAUCAGUCUUCUGUAUUUGCACUGAUAUCUCAUCACUGACCAAUCAUUUAUGUUCCUUCGAUCAUCAUGAUUUUCGGGUUUAAUAUCCUUAUAUCUACAUUGAUUUUCUCUUACAGUACCAUUAAAAAGUGUGGCGAUAUGAACAUAUAAACGUUUGUCCCAUGACCUACCUGAAUACUGUGACUCAUAUAUGCUUCAGAUACUGGUUUAUGUACUUUGAUCUACAUUAUUUGCGUAAGAGCUUAUGAUACCACUCGACUGACCAAACCGAAAUUGGUGGAACUAGGGUUUGAAUCUGUGAUUUAUUGACUGAAAGCCGAGCGUUUUAAAUCCCGACUGUUGCUGUUACUUUGACGUGGUGGUCAAGCUUGCCUGUCGUGAUGAACUAAUCGGGCUACACUGGCUAGAACGCUUGUUCCUCAAGAUCCUACCAUGUCAGAUAAAUGCAGGUCCAGUUGCCUAACAGUGUAUUGUUGUCAACAUUUAAGGUCACGAAAACUUCUCAGAUUUGGAUAUUAAAUAUACAUGUAAACGUGUUUAAAGUGAAUUAGUUUUAAUUGUUCUCUUAUCAGAAGAAUCUCAGCUUCAAAUUUAUCGAAAGUUUGUCACGAAAUAAAACUGACUUUUCAAUAAAAACCAUUUGCAUUAUUUGAAAUUGUAUAAUCUCAAUUCUUUAAAUAUAAACUACAUUUUUAACGUGACUCCAGUAAAAUUUAAUGUCGUUUCACCAUAAUGGAUGACUAGCGGUAACUUUUUAUUUAGUCACUCAUUAUUAAAACAAUUGAUCUUUUUUUACCGGUCUUUUUCUCACUUAGGAGGAUAAAAAGGGUUCCACUAAUGUUUCUGAUUGUGACAAUCGUCGUGGCUCUGAUGGUAGUACUGGCGACUCUAUACCUAAUAAACAACCCAAACUGGAAGAAGCAGUUGAUUCAACAAUACUAGACUCUACUGUAAAGUCUUCCAGCUUGUCACGUACCCGAUCAGUUCCAAAUACCAGGCAGUUACAGGAACAUACCUUAACUAAAGGUCAAACAAAUGCCAAGUCAUAUGGUAGCCCUAUGAAAACUCGAUACCGUGAUACAUUAACAGCAGAUGAUGGAGUUGAUACAGCCUCAGGGAGUGAUAAUGAUGCCAACGGUGAUAAUGAUGGUGAAUCCGAUUCCAUUACUGAAUAACUGUGUGCAUCAAAACAUUGUGUUUGUAACUAUAGAUCAAAAUUUUGUUCCAUCAUUUAUAAGUAGUAUAUAUAGCUAUGCAAAAAUAAAUUUUUUGUUUCGCCUCUUUUUUGUUUAAUUUCCUUGUGUUUUUGUAAACUUAUGUCUAUUUUUACAUCCAUUCACGCCUAAAAACAGUAAUUGUGAAUAUUUUUCAUGUUUGUGAAUAAAUAUGUAUAUUUAU